AUGAAUACUGUGCUAUCCAGGCCCGCGGCGAGUGCUCCGGUGAUCAAGCUCCCGGAGCCUGGCCCCUCAUCGGUUUUCCGCCGCAACGGAAAUCAGGACCCUUUUUCCCCUGUAAACGAGAACGGAAGCUUUGAAUUUGACCGUGUCUUGAAGACAGGGAGAGUCUGCCGUCGAGUCAAGCACAAACAUGUAUUUCGCGCCUCGUGGAAACCAGCUUACCUCGUCCUCCGGCCAAACCUCCUUUCCGUCUACAAGGACGAAGAGACCACCCGCCUUCGAGUCUCCGUCUCCCUCUCCGAAGUCACCGCCGUCGCACCCGUCAAAUCCCCUCGAUCAACUCGACGACACGUCUUCGGUGUCUUUACCCCAUCCACAAACUACCGUUUCGAGGCCCCAACGGAACGCGAUGCUGAGGAAUGGAUCGCACGCAUUCGCGCAACCAUUCCAAACGACGAGGACGAGCGAGCCUUCCUUGGCUUGACCAAGCGGGAAACUCCGACUAUCAGCAAGCAGCUCGUUGAAGACACAACCGAUCACUCCGACUUCGAUCACACCGGCCGCGCCAGCUCCCCAGAGCCGCGCCAUGCACUGUCUCCCCGAAUCGGAAACCAGAACCUCCCUUACAUUCAGGAUUACUCGGGCAACGAACUCGCUUCACAUUCGGAGUUCUCUGAUGGGCCCAGCCCAGCCCGCAAUCGUCACCUACGGUCCAUGCCUUCUAUACAUUCAUUGUCUCUUUCGGCACCGGAAGAAAAAUCCGCGUUCCUACCGUCAUCCUCUCUGCCAUCGACUACUCUCCCUCGAGACACAGGCAAGCAAACCGACCAUGGUAUCUUGCGCGAUCCAGAGCGGGUCAUCUGCCAGGGGUACCUGCAGGGGCUGCGAAUUCAAGGGACCGUGCGCCAGUGGAAACGCCUUUGGGUUGUGCUUCGACCCAAGAUUCUAGCCUUCUAUAAGGAUGAUUCGGAAUACUCUGCCCUCAAGAUUGUCCCAAUGUCCCAAGUCUUCGAUGCUGCAGAGGUGGACCCCAUGUCGAGGUCAAAGAAGUUCUGCAUGCAAAUCAUCGCCGAAGAAAAGACAUACCGACUCUGCGCACCGGAGGAAGAGUCGCUGGCGCGCUGGCUGGGGUCAUUGAAGAGUAUUCUUGCUGCACGCAGGAAGCUGGAUCCUGCUUUAGGCAGUUCUGUAUAA